CAAACAAGCACCGCCAUGAGAUACAGCACAGAACCAGAAGAUGCAACAGAUGCGCCAAAUAUCUGCAAAGAAACAAAUCUGUCUUCAGAGCCAGACUUAUGCCUGCGGUUAUGCCUGCUGAAGCGAGAGCAUGGCCAAGGCUUCGGCUUCAACCUGAGAAAAGAGAGUGGUUGCAGGGGCCAUGUUGUGCAAGAAGUUGCCCCAUGGAGUGCAGCAAAGCGCAGUGGCCUGAGAGAUGGAGACCGUAUUCUAGAGGUUAAUGAAGACUUUGUGGACAACAAAGAGCAUUCAAAGGUUGUGCUGAAGGUGCAAACAUCUGGUUUACAGCUGUGUCUGUUGGUCUUGAGUGCUGCAGAGUAUGAAACAGCUGUGUGUAACGGAACAGACCUUAUGGCUCUAUCCAGGGCUCAUCGAGGAGAAUGCUGCACAUGUCCUCGUUUGUGCCACAUUUACACAGAGCCUAGUAUUGGCCUGGGACUCAGCAUCAUCCCCAUUGAAGGUGAGAGAGGAAAGUAUUAUCUAAGCCCAGCGAGUGAGGGUCCAGCACAGAGGGCAGGAGUUCAGGCAGGAGAUCACCUGCUCUGGAUCAAUGGUGUCAUGGUGGCAAAACUUACACAUGCUGCACUGAUGAAAAUGUUUAAAAAAUGUGGCGAAUAUGUGACCAUUUUGGUGAUCGACCCCAGAAGUGAAGAGAGCUAUAUACGCCGAAGAUUGACCAUUCUCCCUGAAUUUGCCAGUACUCAUAACCUGCCUUAUAAGACAAAAACCCUACACAUUACCCAGGGACCACAAGGCUAUGGGUUCCUCUUACGACAAGAAAAGUUGACUAAAGGACAAAUUGCUCAUGUGCUGAGAGAGGUAGACCCUUGCAGUCCAGCUGAGGCGGCAGGGAUGGAGGAUGGGGAUCUGCUGUUGGCAGUCAAUGGUGAGCAGGUGGAGAACUUGGAGCAUGAGGACAUAGUCAGCAGAAUACGGCAAAGUGGUCAGCAGGUCACAUUCACUACCAUCUCUAUUCAGGGCAGAGACUACUACACACAGCUUGGCCUUUCACCACUGUUGUUUUAUGAAGAAAACAUUCCACAAAAAGAGCGUUUCCCCACAAACACACUUCAGGCUAAGAACCUGCCGUGUCCUCGACUGUGCACCCUUCACAGAGAGGCCACUGGAUUCGGCUUCAAGCUGGCUUGCAGUCAAAAUGAGUGCAGGCUCUACGUUGGCCAGGUGGAAGCUGGGCGUGCUGGAGAGAGGGCAGGGCUGCGAGAGGGGGAUGUGAUUGUGGAAGUAAAUGGCCAGAAUGUGGAGCAUGAGCAUUUUGAGGAGGUGAUCACACUGAUUAAGAAGGGAGGCACUUCACUCAUGCUGCUCGUGGUUGACAAGGAUGGGUUUGAGAAACUCAGAACAAGCGGCGUAGCGAUCACUUCGGAUGUAAGGGUGAACAGCACACAGGUUUCAGAUUCAACACAAGACAAAUUUGUAUAAAGGGUUGGAAUAGACUGGAACCACUAAAUGGCAUACUGUAUGUUCUCCUAUAUACAAUAGUUGGAAGAUACAAUGCUUGCCUUAAUGCAUUUACUACAAUACAAUAAUUACAGUAUUUAUUAUGAAUACACUGCCUGGUCCAAAAAUGUUGGCAUUUUGGAAGGGCCUU